UCUGCAUAGUGCGUGUUGUGUGCACACGCCACACGCCAGCGGCGAAGUAGAGCUAGUUGAGUUUGAGUACAAUUUAUAGACCCGGGGGGGUUGCCGCUGCCGUUGCCUCUGUUGUAUAUAUUUUUCGCGAGUCGUUUGGCCUACGCCAACAUAUAAAAUACCACCAACUCAAUAAUCUCGAUAGCAAAUAAUACAGUUUGCCCUGCAUCACCGAUAUCACGAUAUCGUAAUCGUCAGCCACGAUGAUCGUCACGUUGAAGAAUCUCCAGCAGCAGACGUUUACCAUCGAGAUCGAAUCCUCGCAGACGGUUAAAGAACUCAAGGAUAAGAUCGAGACGCAAAAAGGUUUCCCUGCUCUCUACCAGAAGCUCAUCUACGCCGGAAAAAUAUUAGUCGAUGAACAGCCUCUAAGCGAGUACAACAUUGAUGAAAAAAAAUUCAUUGUUGUCAUGGUAUCAAAGCCCAAGGCUACAUCUGAAGCAAGUUCUAGCGUAGAUAAAAGUGCCGAAUCUGAGAGCAAGGACAAAGAACCUAAAAGUUCGCCUGAAGUAGCUACCACCACACCAACAACAACACCUUCAACCCCCACAGUAGCAGCAGCAGUUAGUACACCACCUUCAACACCAGCAACUCAAACCAGCGCACCAACUAGGCCCACAGAAAGCAACUUGUCAACGGAUACCGCUACCACUGGUGGAUUUGCCCAAGCAGAAAGUGUCUUGUUGGUUGGAGAAGAAUACAAUGACAUGGUGAAAAGAAUCAUGGAUAUAGGGUAUGGAAGAGAGCAAGUGGAACAGGCCUUGAGGGAAAGCCACAACAAUCCAGACAGAGCGGUCGAAUAUUUAUUAGGAGGUAGUCCUCCAACAAGUUCACAAGAUGAGGACCAAGAUCCUUUGGCUUUUUUGCGUUUACAACCACAAUUUCAUAAUAUGAGACGAGUUAUUCAGCAGAACCCUCAAUUGUUAAAUCCUGUUCUUCAACAAAUUGGAUCAACAAAUCCUGCACUUUUGCAACUCAUAUCACAAAACCAAGAAGUUUUUGUUAGAAUGCUUAAUGAGCCUAGUGAAACGACUGGCGGUAGCAGUUCAGUUCCUGCAUCAGCUGCUUCUGAACUAUCUCAAGGAGGACUGCUUGGCAGUGGUGGGGGUCUAAGUUUAGCUGGAUCACCUGAAGUUAUGCAAAUCACACCACAAGACAAAGAGGCUAUAGAAAGACUAAAGUCCAUUGGGUUCCCAGAAGAUCUUGUUGUUCAAGCCUACUUUGCUUGUGAGAAGAAUGAAAAUCUUGCCAUUGAGUUUAUGCUGCAAACUGAAAAAGAGUAAAGCACGCGUUUAGCACGAACCGUGGGUGGGGUGCUACAUUAUAAAAUGGAGUGAUAUAUUGUUAUUAUCGGUCCGAACAUUUUACUCCUUUAUCAUACAUUCAUCGGUAAAGAACAACUUUAUUAUAUAAAAAAGAAAAAGAAAAAAAAGAGUAAAAAAUAAAUAAACUUUUUAUUUGAAGUACUAAUCGUUUUAAUUGAAAAUGGGAAUCAUUUUAUUGGCGUUAGAAAGAUGAGUUUGACUGUAACAGUCUUUCUUUGCUUUUUAUCAAAAGUUAUUGUUACAAAAAAAAAAAAAAAAAUUUAGCUUAAUGGAAAUAAUAUAUUAUCAGAUGAAAUUGAAGUAAAUUCGAUAAGAGUCACUGGGAAUGCAAGAUUAUAUUAGUACAUUUCGUGGAUAACGUUGCGCAUGUGUCAGUUUUUAUAUAACAUAAAUUAAUGGCAUACUUGUUCUUGUGUUCAAAUAACGUGUGACUCAACGUAAUAGUGUAUCUGUACAUACAUAUAUAUAUACAUAUAUACAUAUAUAUCUUGCAUUUUCGUGGAUUUUAUCUACACCUUUCUAUGGUACUGUAAAAUACAAAUUUCAAGAUACGAGCGUGCAUAAAUAUUGCGUUAAAAAUAAAGCAGCUGCAUACUUAUGUAAGGCUAUGCGAUCGUACAUGCGCUUUGUAAUAUUUACUAUGUCGGAAUGGAACAUUUCACUGAUUUAACUACUAUUUAAAAGUAGUUAUUUUUCUAAUGCUCUGCUUUUAAGUAAAUAUAUCAAUUAAGUUAACUGAAUGACUAAUUUUUUAUUUAAUGAAAUUAAUUUUGCCUUACAUUUGAUAACUCUUUAAAGGAAAGUUCCGUUUUCAUAUUAACCCAUUUGAAAAGAACAAAACUUAGGAUGGUUGUGCUAACGUCUUAUUAAUAUUUAAAAAAACGAUAUAGGCUGCAUUACCAUACUUUUGUACAAAUAGCCAGUAAGAUUUUACCAACCAGGUGUAGUAUACAUCUAUAAACUAUUAACUGGGAAUGUUAAGGAGCUUUUUUAAAAAAUAUGGUGUAUGGAAAAUAAAAGGACAAAAGAAUAACAGAUACGGUUAACUAUAAUUAAGUGCAUUCUCACAAUAAUAUGAUAAUACUGAAAAUGCUCUUAAAAAAAAAAAAAAGUUAUCAACCAACUAAAUGUUAUUAAUUAA